GUUGUUGAGACAGAGAGAAGGAUGAACCAUGGUCAGAGAAGGACAAGGAGCCAUGACAAUGUGGCAUUCAGCUUUCUCAGAGUUGGUAGGGUUUUUUUUGCCCAAAGUUGGUGUUUUUUUCUUGGUGUAAAUAUAUGUGUGAGACUUUGGCAUAAUCCAGUUAGGUGCCCAUAACUCUGGAUGAGCUGCAGAGAUCCACUGCUCAGGUGGAAGAUUCUGAGAAUCUGAGUGAAAAUUGGUGGUGACAGCGUCAUACUGUGGACCUGUUAGAGGUUUGAAAGAUGAACAUUUUCUUCUUUAAAAGUCAGUUUUCAGCUCAUAAUUUCAUGCUUUAGAGGUCCGGCAGGUACCUCGUAGUAUUUCCCGCAGUAUUUCUUUGGCUUCAUGUCCUUAUUUUGACGCCUUUCUUUUUUAAAUUGAUCCAGUUUAUUCCACAUUUCCACAUAAAUCAUUGCAACAAAACCUACACUGUCACAUUUUUCAAAUUAAGAUGAUAUUUGUGUUUAAAUCCUGGUCAGGGUGCCGAUGCUGUAAUAAUUCUUCUCUAGCGUUUCUUAAUGAGGGUGAAGUUACAUUUAUUAGUGUAAGAUUACCUGUUUAUAAGCUGAUACUCUGUGUUUUUGUUCUCACUGCUGUGAACAGGAAAACCCAGUUUAGAGAGAAGAGUCAGUGGUGCAUAAAUAAGUGAUGGAGUGAUGAGAGGAGGGUGUGUGUCUGUUGGGUUAUCCCCAGGGACUCUCCUUUAAACACAGACACAUACUAAAGAUCUUUGUUUGCCAGUAAAUUUCUACCACAAAGCAGCGUGAAGGAUGGAGACAAAGAGAAAGUUGGGAGAAGGAUGAUGAGGUGAAGCAAGCUGCCAACUCAAGAAGGUGCACCGCGGGGCGGAGGAAAGAAGGCGAUGGAAGCGCUCCCCUCUCAUUUCAGCCUGGUCCGUCUUCACUUCCUCACAGUAGCCCUGCCUCUCUCUCCAGGUGAUCACCCCGUUCCGUAGGCUCAUCCUCUGCGCCGAGAACAGAAAAGAGAUGGAGGACUGGAUCAGUUCACUCAAGUCCGUCCAGUCCAGAGAGCAUUACGAGACGGCACAGUUUAAUGUGGAACAUUUCUCAGGGAUGCACAACUGGUACGCCUGUUCCCAUGCAAGGCCCACCUUUUGCAACGUCUGUAAAGAUAGCUUGUCUGGGGUCACGUCACAUGGCCUCUCCUGCGAAGUGUGCAAAUUCAAAGCCCACAAACGCUGUGCUGUAAGAGCCACUAACAACUGUAAAUGGACGACCUUGGCCUCCAUAGGGAAGGAUAUAAUUGAAGAUGAGGAUGGGAUUGCCAUGCCUCAUCAGUGGUUAGAAGGCAACCUGCCUGUCAGUGCCAAAUGUGCCGUGUGUGAUAAGACAUGUGGCAGCGUACUAAGGCUGCAGGACUGGCGCUGCCUCUGGUGCAAAGCAAUGGUGCAUACAGCCUGUAUGGACCUGUACCCCCGCAAGUGUCCUCUAGGUCAAUGCAAAGUCUCCAUCAUUCCCCCCACAGCGCUCAACAGCAUCGACUCAGAUGGCUUUUGGAAGGCCACCUGCCCUCCAUCAUGCGCCAGUCCCCUCCUGGUCUUCGUCAACUCUAAAAGCGGCGACAACCAGGGGGUGAAAUUCCUUCGACGCUUCAAGCAGCUCCUCAACCCGGCGCAGGUCUUCGACCUGGUCAAUGGUGGUCCACACCUUGGUUUGCGUCUGUUUCAGAAGUUUGACAACUUCCGGAUCCUGGUGUGUGGAGGGGAUGGAAGUGUGGGAUGGGUCCUUUCAGAGAUCGACAAACUCAACCUACACAAACAGUGCCAGCUGGGAGUGUUGCCCCUAGGCACUGGCAACGAUCUAGCCCGGGUACUGGGCUGGGGCCCUUCGUGCGACGACGACACCCAGCUUCCCCAGAUCCUGGAGAAACUAGAGCGGGCCAGCACCAAGAUGCUGGACCGUUGGAGCAUCAUGACCUAUGAGAUUAAGAUCCCACCCAAACACAGCUGCCCCACCACGCCUGAGGGAGCCGACAACUGCCAGUUUCACAUUUCAGCCUAUGAAGACUCAGUGGCCACUCACAUCACAAAGAUUCUUGACUCAGAGCAGCACUCUGUGGUCAUCUCCUCUGCCAAGAUCCUUUGUGAAACUGUGAAGGAUUUUAUUGCCAAAGUGGGGAAAGCGUAUGAAAAAAGCACAGAGAAUGUUGACGAGUGCGACUCUAUGUCUCUCAAAUGUGCCAUUCUGAACGAGAAGCUGGACUCCCUCCUGCAGACCCUUAACGCAGAAUGCCAGUCUCUGCUUCCGCUUCCCCACUGCACCCCUCCGAUUGUAGAAGAAGAACAGGAGGAGGAGGAGGAGGAAGAGGAAGAGGAGGCCAGUGAGGAGAGCCUGACGGAGCUCAAGGGAAAGUUGGAGGAGGAGGAAACGGAGAAAGGAGGGGGAGGUGGAGGAUCCCCACGGCAGCUGUUUAAAAGCAGGGAGCAGCUAAUGCUCAGGGCCAACAGUCUGAAGAGGGCAGUCCGACAGAUCAUAGAGCAGGCUAUGAGAGUGGUGGAUGAGCAGAAUGCCCACAUGGAUGACACAGAGCUGCCAUCGCCCCUGGAGUUCAGGAAGGACAGUGAGGAUGAGAUCAGAGACAGUGAGAAAGACGAAGACACCAAGGAACUGGAAGCAAUGUCGUCUGCAAAGAGUCCCUAUUCUCCAAUGGAGAGGAGGGUCAGCCGUAGCACCCAGUCUUAUGGCCCCUUCACCAUCACCCCCUUCACCACCAGCAAGGAGAACCUCCCUGUGCUCAACACACGCAUCAUCUGCCCUGGCCUGCGAGCAGGGCUGGCCGCUUCCAUCGCUGGCAGCUCCAUCAUUAGCAAGAUGCUCCUGGCUAACAUCGACCCAUUCGGUGCAACACCCUUCAUCGACCCCGACCUCGACUCGCUAGAGGGUUAUAUGGAGAAGUGUGUCAUGAACAACUACUUUGGCAUCGGCCUGGAUGCCAAAAUCUCACUGGAGUUCAACAACAAGCGAGAGGAGCAUCCAGAGAAAUGCAGGAGUCGUACGAAGAACAUGAUGUGGUAUGGUGUUUUGGGCACUAAAGAGCUGCUGCAAAGAACCUACAAGAACCUGGAGCAAAAAGUCCAGCUAGAGUGUGAUGGCCAGUACAUCCCUCUGCCCAGCCUUCAGGGGAUUGCUGUGUUGAACAUUCCCAGCUAUGCAGGCGGAACUAACUUCUGGGGCGGCACCAAAGAGGAUGAUAUCUUCUGUGCUCCAUCAUUUGAUGAUAAGAUCCUGGAGGUCGUGGCUGUGUUUGGGAGCAUGCAGAUGGCUGUAUCCAGAGUCAUCAAGCUCCAACAUCACCGCAUCGCCCAGUGUCGAACAGUGAAGAUAACCAUUCUGGGAGAUGAGGGUGUUCCCAUUCAGGUGGACGGUGAGGCCUGGAUCCAGCCACCUGGAGUAAUCAAGAUCCAGCACAAGAACAGAGCACAGAUGCUCACAAGAGACCGGGCGUUUGAGAACACAUUGAAGUCAUGGGAGGACAAACUGAAGUACGAUAAGCCUCCCUUACGGCCUCACCUCUACCCUCAGCAGUCUGUGGAUCUGGCCACAGAGGAGGAGAAUGCCCUGAUGCAGAUGUGUGCCCGGUCUGCUGAAGAGCUUAUCACAAGGAUAUGUGAAGCCGCCAAAACCAACGGGCUUCUGGAGCAGGAGUUGGCCCAUGCUGUUAAUGCUGCAUCUCAUGCCAUCAACAAAAUGCACCCGAAAUUCCCAGAGAGCUUGACGAGGAACACUGCUAUUGAGGUGGCGAGCACUGUCAAGGCGCUCUACAAUGAGACUGAGUCUCUGCUGUUGGGACGAGUCUCUUUGCAACUGGACCCACCAGAGGAGGAGCAGCUGUCCAGUGCUUUGCAGAGCCUGGAUGUUGAACUGGGCAAACUCGGAGAAAUCCCCUGGCUCUACCACAUAUUGCAGCCCAACGAUGAGGAGGACCAAUCUCUGGGUUACGGCAAGAGGAACAGUCGCAGCAGCGUGUUUCGCAUAGUGCCCAAGUUCAAGAAGGAGAAGGCCGCCAAGAAGAUGAGCCCUCAGUCAGGAUCUGGGGAUAUCGAAAGUGGGUCAUAUGAAGAGAAUUCUCCAGGGAACUAAGGAGCUGGCCAAGGCCUCCAUGGUUGACCUCUAACCUGGGAGCAUAAACUACCAGAGAGGGGAAACACACAUUCCCCCAACAUGACUCAAUUUGGGAGCACCAUAGGCAGUGAGUGAGGAGACAGGUAUUCAAGGAGAGCUGGCUUUAAUCUCUCUGCUGUGAAGGCCUUUGGGACGGUGUGGAUAGGAAAUGGACAUGUGUGUGUUUGUUCGUGCUCUGGUGCCAAUAUGGCAGUCAAGAAAGGUGAGGAAAGUUCAAAAAGGAAGUCAUGAAUCUUUGUAACAAAAGCCAUUCGAAAGUUAAAAACCACUCAUAGCACACUAUCAGGUAUGCAAGAAACCAUAAUAAUUAGUUGUCUGAGCUGUGAUAAACUAGUAGCAUAACUAGGACUUCCAGGAUUUUGGGGUUCAGUUUUAUUUGGAGGUGAGUGUAAGCUGGAGAUGCAUUUGAGUAUUAAAGCAACCGACAGGAUUUUGCUGAAACAGCAAACAAACAUCUCCAUCUGCUGAAGGUGUUCUGUAGGAUGCUGUUGCAUGCUAUGCUUGCUAAACUUUAAGUAUCUUUAAUUGCAUGAUUAGUGUAUUGAUUUUUGGUGUGCAAGGUAACACUUGAAGAGGUUUUACAUGACUUAAGUAUUACAAUGCCAUUUGUUACUACUGAAACCAACCCUAUUGGUCUAAGAUAAUGUGUUUUUCUUGCUCGAUUUAAUUUAUUUUGCUUGCAUGACAAUGAUGUGUCAAGGAUAUCUGUCAAGUGCCAUACUGUCACUCAUUUGUUGUGAAACAUGCUCUAUCAGUGCUCAUCUUACGACAAUAAUUAUGAGGUAUGAAUUUGUGGAGUUGUUGUCUGUGGAUGUGAAAACCGAACCAAAGUGAAUGUUGAAGAAAACAUGAUCAGCUGAUGAUUUUGUUUCUAGGACCGGUGGGGUCUGGUUCAGAGUGGGACAAACAAGAUCUAGUUUCAGGCGGUUCCAAGGAGACACUGUUGGUCAGGUGCCAACUACAUAUUAUAGGGUUGCUCAGUUUUUUUAGGAAUACUUAAAGGGCACUUUUCAUAUCUUGCUUUAUGCAAGUGUAAAUCCUCAUAUCAUAAUGUAGAAUAAAAAAAAAAUCACCUCAACUUUGUAUCUUUUGGCAGUUUAACACUAAUGCAAAUAUCAGUUCGAUACCAGUUUUGAAUAUGUAAUGAAGCAGUUGAUCUGCAGCCUGCAUCGCGUUUGCUCAAGUGCAGCUUUUCUUCUUCUAUUUACAACUUGAUAGAAACCUUUACCUGUUAGUUCCUUUAAGAUUGGUGGCAUUACAGGGUAUAUUUCUAGGUGUGAUGCUAAGUUUGUACAUACUUAUGAACUGUACAUACAGUAAACACGUGGAUGCAAACAAUGUUUGUAAGUGUUGUAGCCUUAUGCAUUUUGUAGUUUUGCUGACAUGGCAUGCAUUGGGAAAAGCUCCACUUUUGGACCGAGUAAGAACCACCUUAACAAUUGUGCAUUGCUGAUUUUCUGCUAAUCUCUUGUACAUGUUAACAUUGUUGUGUUCUAAUUAUGGUGCAAUAUCUGAUCUCUUAUUUUGUUUCUGUCUCUUAAGCUUUGCAAAAUCAUCUGUGGGAAAAACACCUGAAUUGAGUGUUUUAUUUAUUUGUUUCUAUAUUUUGUUUAUCUGUAAGAGGUUUUAAAGUUAGGCCCACAGCUGUUUCUUACAUGCUCCAGAUUUCUUCCAGUGGUUGAUUUGUUUGUAGAUUUGCUCCUUUGUGCUUCCAAGAUGAUAUUCUAAUAAGAUUAUGUGGGAAUGGAUAGACUGGGCAGACACGACUGUUGUCUUAUUAUAUAUCAUAAUGUUUUCACGUACAUUUGGGUGCUGAGACUAAAAGUCACACAGACAGUUAUAUGUGUUCAGCUGCAAACCAAUUCUUUGGCUUUUCCUUACAAACCUAAUCAAUAUAUUACAGGUCAUGACACCUUAUUAGAAAAAGCUGAGACAGUGUAAAACAUGUUACUUCGGUGCAGACAGUCAUAAAAAAAGAUAUUUCAUGUUUUAUCUGAAUUAGAUUUUGAUAAAAAUGAUUCGUUCCUUCAUUUCAGGUUUCUACAUCUUAAAGAAGAGAGGAAGUCAGACAAUAAAGCUUUUUUCACUUCUUCCUCCAACACUUAAGUGGCAUUAAGUCACUAAUGAUAAGGAGUGAUUGUUGUUUUGUUUAAAGUAUUAUUUUUUGAGAGAAAAAGUCAGAGACCCAGGAAAAGCCUCAGUGCUAAGCGGGGCACCACUGUGCAGCCCUCUCAGUAAAUAUUACACUUACAAUGUCUUACCAAACAAUUUAUACCACUUGGUUUUUCUACAUUUUGUCACACUGCAAUCACAAACAUUAAUGUAUUAAUUUUAUGUGAUAACCCAACAUGAAUGAAUGCAAGGUUUUCAGUUUGUUUUAUAAGUAAACGUCUGAAAAGU